GCGUGAGCGGCCCCGCGGGCUUCCGGAACGCGGCGGGACCGUGUCCCGGCUGUCCAGGGGGCUCUGCCGGGCUCGAGCUCCGUGGGGCGGAAGGCGCGGAAUAAAUCGCUCCCCUCGAAUCCCGGCUGUCGGUGCUCGCCGUCCCUCCCGUGCGCGGUGCCGUCCGGGCGAGCCCCUCGUCACUCCUUCGGCCCUCAGGGGGACGGAGUGUGACCCGGGUGUGAGUGGCACCCGCCCUGCGCGGUCCCCGGGGUCUCCCUUGGGGGUGCAGCUGAAGGUGACGGCUGUUCCCGCAACCCUUCUCUCCGAGCCGCCCCCCUUGUGCCGACCGGGACCCCACGAGUGCCGGGGCUGCUUCUCCCAGGCGCCCUGGAGAAAGAGCUGCCCCACGGGGUUCGCCUUCCCGCCCCAGGUUCCGGCGCUGAGAAGGAAUCUCAUGAGCGCUCUCAAAGGCAGGCGGUGUCUGAGAAAGCCCGAAACUCGGCCAGUCCCCGCUGCGAGCGCCUUGGGCGGGGCUGCUGCGGGAAACGAAACCGAAAUGGGCCUCUCAGCCAUCUUCGGCGGUUGCCCGGCGCCGCCUCCUCUCGUCGGCACACCUGCGGGUGGGGGUUUCUUUUUUUUUUCCUCUUUAUUUUCUCAUAAAAUAAUUUGGCGUGCGGAUGAGACUGAGGACAGGCAGCUCCACUCCUGGCGUGCCAGCAGCCCGGGUCCCCCACGUGUCUAUGAUCAGAGGUGCUGGGCGAGGCAGAGGCUCGUAUCUGACUCGGGCAAGGCAUAACCACCCCGGCACUACGCGAGGUUUUUAUAACCACCCUUGUACCCCACAAGAAACUAACCAGGGCACCUUUUUGCACCAGCAGUUCCUGACAGAGCAGGACACUGCGGUCUGCCCGCUGCAGGGGCAGGGACCACAUGAGGAGGCUGUGGCACCGGCUCCUGCAGGGACACAUCGGCCUGGCCGCGGCAGGGCAGGGGGCUGGAGGUUCUCUAGUCAGCAGCAAUACCGUGGGAAUUCACCACAGUUUUGCCCUCCACGGCACUGUCGUCAGGAGAACCCAGGGAGAGACUCUGACACUAUCAGGCUGAAUUUCCAGAGACUGUCUCUUGCCAGGCAAGACUGCGAACAAGAAAUUCUGACUAUUUUCAGGCAGCUCGGGGAGGGAAGGACUUGCACAGUUCAUGAUCUCACACACAAACUUAAAACUCAAAAGAAAGAGGUCAACCGCAUUUUGUAUAAACUCCUCAGAGAAGGCAAGUUGCACAAGGGGGGAGAGACACCGCCGCUGUGGAGGAUUGCCAGCCCCAGCUCAGGGAGGGAAAGAAGCCCUGCUGACCACAGUGCCGGCUGCACAGAUCCAGCUUGUGAAAGCAGAGGAGGAGAGAGGAGCACACUUGGCUCAGGAGACACAGAGAUGGCUGAGAUGAAGGAGAAAAUCUGCAACUACUUGUUCAGCGUGCCAGAAACAACGGCACUCAACCUUGCCAAAAACAUUGGGUUUUCAAGGGCCAGGGACGUUAAUCCAUUUCUCAAUGCUCUGGAAAAGCUGGGAGAUGUCCACAAGCAGAACACAAUCCCCCCACGGUGGUCCCUGACAGACAGGAAACGUGAGAGGAUGCAGAUGAGGCUGAAGGCCAGCGCAUUAAUACAGAAGGUGAAUCCCACACCUCCUGAGUUGGGUCCUCCCCCUUCCUCUGUCCCUGUGUGUCGCCAGGAGGUGACAGCAGCUUUGCCAGCAGCGAUGGCAUCAAAAGCAGAAAGUGUAGAAAAUGGACAGCAGCCUUUGAAGCAGCCUGGUCAGGGCAAUGGCAGUGACACAGGAGCGAACACGGCUGAGGACACUGAGUUCUCCAGUUUGAGUAAUUAUGAUAACUCGGAAAACGGCAAGUGGACCAUGGAUGAUAUCCCAGAUAAUCUGAACACUAUCAACAAGCAGCCUGACAAGUCAAAAUGCGUCAUGAAUUCUCAGUCUUCCCCCAGUUAUGCUGCCCAGUUUGAAGCUGCUUUACCAUGUAUGCCCGUAGAGAAAUUGAUGGCUUGUCAGGAGAAGAACCCAGUGAGUGGCCUUACUGAAUAUUCCCAGUACACGUACCAGCACUGUGAGUUCAUCAUGCUGGAGCAGAGUGGACCCUCUCAUGGGCCACGGUUUAAGUUCCAGGCAGUGAUCAAUGGGCGCCAAUUCCCACCAGCAGAAGCAGGGAGCAAAAAACUGGCUAAACAGGAGGCAGCAGCCAAUGCCAUGAAGGUCCUGAUGAGUGAAGCGGAGAAUGGAAGGCCCAGUGGGAUUAAAUGCUCAGAACUGGAGUUGCCAGAGCUGUCAUCUGCAGCAGCUCCCCUCAACCUGCUUCCUGGGAAGCACCCUAUCAGCAUAUUGAUGGAGUAUGGACAAAAGUCAGGGAACGUAAUUGAGUUCCAGCUGCUGUCUCAGGAAGGCCCACCUCAUGAUCCUAGGUUCAGCUACUGUGUGGAAAUGGGUGACCAAAUUUUCCCUGCUGUGGUAGGAAACAGCAAGAAGGGAGCAAAGCAAAUGGCAGCAGAAGUUGCUGUGAAGAUUCUUUCUGGAAAGUCUGUACCCCAUGUCUUGCCUGAACAGCCUGUCACGAAGCCCCAUGGUGACCAGUCCGUGCACAGCUGUGGGCCGUGGAUUGCCACUCCAGAUGAGUCCAAGGUGGUGAAAGCAAAGGGUGUUGGGGAGCUCAUCAAAUAUCUUAAUGUCAAUCCUGUCAGUGGCCUGCUGGAAUAUGCCCGCUCCAAUGGGUUUGCUGCAGAGUUCAAACUCAUUGACCAGUCAGGACCUCCCCAUGGCCCCAAGUUUGUCUGUCAGGCAAAGGUUGGAGGCCGCUGGUUCCCGGCUGUGACUGCACGCAGCAAAAAGCAGGGCAAGCAGGAGGCAGCGGGUGCAGCGCUGCGAGUCCUGGUCGGGGAGUCGGAGAAGGUGGAGCGCAUGGAAGGGAUGAACAUCACUGAGCUCCCUGUGAGUGGCAGCACCCUGCACGAUCAGAUGGCCAUGCUGAGCCACCAGCGCUUCAACAGCCUCACCGCUCACAUCCAGCACAGUCUGCUCGGGCGCAAGAUCCUGGCUGCCAUCAUCAUGAGGAGAGCAAAUAAGGGCUUGGGAGUGGUGGUCAGCAUUGGAACAGGUAAUCGUUGUGUGAAAGGAGAAGAGCUGAGCUUGAAGGGGGAGACAGUAAAUGAUUGUCAUGCAGAAAUCAUUUCUCGAAGAGGCUUUGUGAGGUUUCUCUACAGUGAGCUGAUGAAGUAUGACCUGUCUAAUCCUUCCUCUGCAGAAGAGAGCAUUUUUGAGCCAGCGGGAGGAAAGAGGCUCAGAAUAAAGAGCAGUGUUACCUUUCACCUCUAUGUCAGCACAGCCCCGUGUGGAGACGGAGCCCUCUUUGAUAAAUCCUGCAGCGACCAGGCGAGCGUGGUGGGGCAGCCCCAGCACCAACCUCUCUUUGAGAACCCCAAGCAAGGCAAGCUGCGGACCAAGGUGGAGAAUGGGGAAGGUACCAUUCCCGUGGAGUCAAGUGACAUUGUGCCCACAUGGGAUGGGAUCCAGCACGGGGAGCGGUUACGAACCAUGUCCUGCAGUGACAAAAUCUUGCGCUGGAAUAUACUUGGCUUGCAAGGGGCACUGCUGUCACACUUCCUGGAGCCAGUUUAUCUCAGCUCUGUCACGCUCGGUUACCUGUACAGUCAGGGUCACUUGACCCGUGCCAUCUGCUGCCGCGUGGCGAGGGAUGGGAACAUACUAAAGGAAAAGCUCCAGGCUCCAUAUCACAUUAACCAUCCUGAGGUUGGGCGAGUCAGCGUGUACGACUCUGCCAGGCAGACAGGCAAGACCAAGGAGUCAUCGGUGAACUGGUGUCUUGCUGAUGCAAGCGAAGUUGAAGUCUUGGAUGGCACCAAAGGGAAAGUAGAUGGCCCAAAGCUGGAAGUGUCUCGUGUGUCCAAGAGGAAAAUGUUCACCUUGUUCCAGCAGCUGUGUGCCAAGAACAACCGCGAAGACCUGCUGAAGCUCUCUGUGUACUCCGAUGCCAAGGAGGCAGCCACGCUGUACCAGGCAGCCAAGCAGUGCUUCUUCAGCACGCUGGAAGAGCUGGGCUAUGGCAGCUGGAUCCGCAAACCCCAAGAGGAGGAGAAUUUCUCUGUCCUUGAUACAUAGGGAAGCGCCCUGCAAGGGGGGGAGGUGAAUGUACACAGUCUGCACUUGUCCUUCUUCCACCACCACCUUCUUGGAGUGGAGUCAGGACCGUGCAGCAGUUUCCCCAUAGGCCUGGCUGCCUCCUCCCUGACCCUCAGACCUUGCCUUUUUAAAAUGUGCAUGUAAAUGAUUCUCCUUUUUUUAAAGUGAGGGCAGGCUCAGUCCCCCUUAGCUUUUGUAGUUUUGUCUCCCCUUUUUUUGUUUUUAAAAGAAGGCACAAGAAACCAAAGGGAUUCUCAGACUGUGAGCUUGAAACCUUUGAACCGUACACUGCAGAUCCCUCUGGCAGGUUUUGAGGCAAAUUUUCUCUUUUGAGGAAAAAAAAAAAACCAAACAAGCUGCCUGGCUGGCUUUCUCUGUCUCUGUUGGAAGGUGACUGGCAGCCUGGCCAAGCUGGGACACAGGACUGACCUCUGCAAGGCACAGCAGGACUAGCAUAACAUUCUCCAUUAAUAACAAAUUUCUGUAGUAUUGGC